AUGGCGUUUAAGAUUGUUGUUCUGUUCGCCACCCUGGCCUGCGCCAGCGCCGGAUACGUUCAACCGGCACAUGAGCAUCUGUCCUACGAAGCCGCACCGGUGGCUCACUACUCGUCUGCUCCGGCCGUGAGCUACAGCUCCUUCACCCGUCAGGACUCGCCGAAGCUGGCCGUCGCCAAGACGCUGUCCUACGCCGAGCCAUCGGUGCACUACGCUGCUCCCCUCACCAAGGCCUACGCCGUCCAUGAGCCCGCCCUGAAGACGGUUGUUGCCCAGCCGGCCUACACCAAGACCGUCUACACCCAGGAGCCAGCCCAUGUCUACGCUCAUGCCGCCCCGGUCGUCGCUGCCAAGACCGUGUCCUACGCCGCCCCGCAGGUGCACUACCAGGCUCCGCUGCUGAAGAACGUUGAGUACACCAAGACCCUGGCGUACGCUCCGGUCGCCAAGACCCUGGUGCACGAGCCGACUUACACCAAGCACGUCGUUGCCGAGCCGGCAUACACCAAGACCGCUUACGUCUCCCAGCCGACCUACACCAAGACCGCGUACGUCCAGCAGCCGACUUACACCAAGACCCUCGUCGCUGAGCACCAGCCUCUGUACCACCACAGCACCCCGGUGUACGCCCAUGCCGCUCCCGUCGUCGCCGCCAAGACUCUGAGCUACGAGCCAGCUGGCCAUGUGUCGCACGUCAGCUACGCCGACAACAGCGCUCACUACGCCUGGUAA